ACAGCCGCCAUACCAGCAGCGGGUCAAGAAGCACCGGGUUGAAGCCAACGCUGUGUCUCCCAGUGGCAUUCCUCCUGUCGGUGCUGGUGCUUUCCUCCAUGUAUCCUACGCGUGCCCUGAGGAGCGCUCACAGCACAGAAGGGCAGCAUUGCGGUAGCAGCAGUUGGGGCUGUGUCCCAGAGCACUGUUGAGGGUCUCGGGGCAGGUGCUGGCUUGCAGGCUGCUGCUCUGCACACCUGUAAUCAAACGCCAUCAGAGGAGGGUGUUGCAGCAGUAUCACCAAGUCCAGGACUGCGCAAUCUUGAUAACGGCGGUGUCCUCAAGUUGGGUUCAGUGGCUGAAGAGCUGAAGGCAGCGCAGACUCUAAGGGCCCUUCGCCUCUGCCAAGUAAGUGCUGCUGCUUGUAUCUGUAUCUCUGUCGAGGGGUUUGUUUGUGCUCGCCGGGAGGAGGGCAACAGGAUGGCGUGGGAAUGACAGAUGUGCACAGCAAAAUGGCCCCAUCCCAAAGCUGGCUGCUCCGAUCUGCAUGUGGCUCUCACAGCACCCAGCCUUGGUGAUCCCCACCUUGCUGCUCUGAUUGCUCUGACCUUGCUGCUUUCCUACAGCCCCAUAGACCAGAACCCAAGAGCUGCAGCACAAGGCUCUGCGUACCCAAUGAACCAAAACCAGGGUCCUGGCAAUGCUGCAUUUCAGGAUCGUUCAAGGACUUUGGCAAGGAAAGAAGAGAAGGACAAAUUUCAGUUGCAGAUUAGUGGGAAUCUCUUCAUCAAGCAGUUCUUGCAUUUGCUUACUAGGCUGAAGCCAGCUGAAAACAUCACAGAGCAAUACAUGGAAAAGGUGCUGCACGCAGUAUUCUUCUUUGGAAGGCUGAAUCGGAGGCAGAUGACACCCGACGACUUCCUAGAGCCCAGCUUUUCCCAGAGGCUGCAGCAGAAAUACCCCCAGUCAUUCCAGCAGUACAGCACCCACCUGCCCAGCCUGACACCGUACUCCAUCCUGCUGCAGUUUGGCAAUGAAGUAGCAGGCUGCCGCACCCAAAACGAAAUGGAGUCUUUUUUGCAUGAAUUUAAUAGUGCUGUGCAAACAGCAAUGAAGAAACAAGUACCCAACCUGGAGCCCAGUGAGUUCAUCUUCAGAGCCGCAGUUGUCGCUUACAGCUUUUACAAAGAACCCCAGAAAGAAGCAGGCUUCCCUCUCUUUUACGGAGCAUCUCUUUCCUGCAAAGGGCUGACGGAGAAGAAGAUCAUGAUUAGCAUCCUGUGCCUAAGGAUGUGGCACAAGGCGGUGGCGUUUGCAGUGUACCAUGGGCAGGACAAUCAGGCCAUUGUCUUCCCUGAUGAAGUGAAGUGCCGAGCCUUCUGCUACAGCAAUGGAGCCUUCACAGAAAAGCCACCCUGCGUGAACUGCAAGAUGAUGUAUCACGUGGCCUUCCAGCCAUUUGAGGGUGACAACAGGGAAAACGUCAAAUGGCCGCAUGGAAACUGUGCUGAGAAUGAGUGCCUGAGCAAGCUGCUGCAGGGCGUGCCAGGGCUGCAGGAGAGGGUCGUCUCGACAGACACUUCCGUGAUACACAAUCCCCCACAGAACACCUACCAGGCCAUUGAACAAGAGUUUGCAAACAGCAUAGAAGCAAAUCUUACAAAUCAGCUUAUCAUGCUGCUUCAGACAAAAAAUUUUCCUCAUCUUCUACAGUUCUUUGAACCAUAGUGAGCACUGGAGAGGCAGCUGCAGUGCUGUGCAUCAGCACAACACCCCCAAGCCCGUCUUCCUGCAUACUCCCAUGGGUCAUCCCACUGAGCUAGGGAUGGUGCAGGGCACAUGGGGUCAGAGCAGCUGGGACCACUCCUGCCCCAGAAGGUACCAGCACAGGGGGGCGGAGGGCCCUCUCACUCCACCUUUAUGCUACCUCCAAACCCAGCUCCGUGCUCAUGCUAGCAGGUUCUGCUCAGCUGGGGUGAGGAUGCAGCCUGACUCCAUAUCCUGCAAGCAGCACAUUGAUGGGAUAUCCAUUUGCCCCUUGCUAGACUCCAGCAUGCAGGGCUCUGCUUUUCACCUGUGUAAAUAAACAUGUCUGAUUUUC